AUAAGGACCUAGGCGGGCGGUAACCUAUUUUUAGGAGGCUAACCACAACCACCACCUAAACAAAAAGGGAAACAAAUAGAUCGCGGUGCUACACUCUCCAUCGAUAACAUACUCAACCACAUCCCCAACCAUGCCGCCUGCAAAGAAGAGAAAGACGGGCGCCUCCAAGUCUCGCGCCACCAAACAGGCUGAUCCCGAGCAGCCUGUCGAGCAGCCUACUGCAGAAGCACCAGACGAGCAGCAAGAGCCCCAGCAAGACCCUCCGCAAGAUCCCUCCCUAGAAUCGAUGGCAAUCGCGCCUCCGCCUGAACCCUCAUUAUCUUCCAAAGACACGGCGGACACCAAAGAGGAUGCCGCCGCAAAGGCCAAGGAGCGCAUGGCGCGGUUCAGGGCGCUGCAGGCGCGGGCGAAGACGUCGUCCGACCAGAACCUAAAGGAGGCGACCAAGGAGUCGCAACGGGUCGCCAACGACCCGGGCCAGCUGAACGCGCUGAGCCGAAAGCAGGCGAUCGCGUCGCAGAAGCUGCUCAAGGCGGACGUGGAGGAGGCGGGCGAGGACUUUGAGCGCAAGCGGGCGUGGGACUGGACGGUGGAGGAGAGCGAGCGGUGGGACAAGCGGGUGCGCAAGCGCGAGGCGCACCGGGACAACAACGCGUUCAAGGACUACGGCGCCGAGAGCCAGAAGGUCUACAAGCGCCAGGUGCGCGACUCCAUUGCGGCGCCGGACCUGGAGCGCUACACCCGUGACAAGAUGGCCGCCAUCGAGCGGGCUGCCGCCGCCGGCACCCUCGAGAUCGUCGAGACCGACGACGGAGAGCUGAUCGCCGUCGACAAGGACGGCGGCCUCUACAGCACCGCCGACUCCACCGCCUUCGCUGAGAGCAAGCCCGACAAGGCCGCCAUCGACAGGCUCGUCAACGACCUGAAGAAGGCCGAGGCCGUCUCGCUCAAGAAGAGGAGGGACAGGAUGGCCGCCAACGGCGACGAUGCCGACGUCACCUACAUCAACGAGAAGAACAAGCAGUUCAAUCAGAAACUGUCCCGGUUCUACAACAAGUAUACGGCUGAGAUACGGGAUAGCUUUGAGAGGGGAACUAUGGUGUAGGGGCUCUUCAUGGAUUUUCGUGUUGAGAGAUUCGACCGUCGAUCCGUCUUUUUUAUUUUAUUUUUAGACAGCGAAUGGAGUUUGUGAUGGUACAUUCUAGAGUUUCCAGAUAUUGAUACACCUAAUGGAACACGCCCCUUUAAAGCAUGGACCUCCUCCACGCCUUGCUCGCCAGAUCCUCGAUCUCGGCUGGCUCCACGGG